AUGAAAAAAACUCAUCAUCAGCAUAUUCCAAAGACCCUAGAGAACGCUGGCGAGUUUCGAAUGUUCAUCUAUGAGCUGACAGAGUCCAAAAUUUUCAGUGAGGGAAACGGAGAUGGGGCCGGGCCGGGACACUGGGGAGGAAGGCUUGUUCGUUUCGGCAGGUUCGUGAAAAAUCACGUUAGUUUCUGCAUUGCAGGAUGGUACCUAUCAGCUCUUGACAGCGUCUUUCUUGCCAUCUACUUCGUGGAAAUAGUUCUGAAACUUUAUGCUCUUCGCUCGUUCUUCUUCAAGACGGGAUGGAACAUCAUGGACUUGUUCAUCGUUCUUUUCACCAUGGUGGACUUUUUGCUACCGCUGAUCGUGCAGAAUGUUGGCUCCUUUGAUGUGGCUGCCAUCUUCAGGUUACUGCGCAUGUUCAGAGCUAUCAGGGCGCUAAGAGCAUUGCGGGUAUUGAGGACUAUAAGCAAGAGUGCUUUACUGAACCGUUUCGUUUUGCGACAGCAUGCUAAUUCUGUACUACAUUGCAACGAAGUUAGACAUUCCUUAACUGUACGUUCUGCAGAUAUGUUUGCUGUGAUAGGUCGCGGGUUGUUUUAUGAAGUAGCUCCUACCAGGUUUGGUACCUUGGGAAAGGCAUUCUUCACUCUCUUCCAGCUUAUCACAUUGGAUGACUGGUUCUACAUGUACAGUGAUGUUGUGGCUAAAAGUCCAGGCUACAGUUACAUUAUCUUGUAUCUCAUCGUCUAUAUUGUGUUGGAAAACUUUAUCUUCAUGAAGUAAGAAGUUAAAAGAUAUCUUGAUUACUAGAAACUAAUUUUGCCUUGGUUAAGGAAGCCAUCAUGAUAGCCCUAACUUAAACGUGAAAACCAAAUACUGUUACAAAUAAACUCGGAAACUAAUCGAAACGCACGAUCUAAAAUUCUUCCGCAAAGUCCUAUAUGAGGGUCCAACAUAGAUUUGGUGGGAUUCGGGAUGACGAAAUUUUAAAAGAGGGAUGCGUGAUGAAAAUUCUUCCACGGGAGCGGGAUUUGCUCAUUUUGGCGGGUGGGAUGCGGGAUAGUUGGAAAAUUGAUGGCGGCAUCAUUCGUAAUCAUUAUUAACAAGAGAGGAUGAACGGAAGAGUUAAUUAUAUAUUAAUCUCCCAUAGAGCCACUUUGAAAUUAUUUCAAGAUAUUUUAUUCAGUUUCCCGCAGAUAACGUUACUACGCGCAUUGCGAAGAUCGUUUCAUGGAGGGUAAAAAAGCGCUGGUGUCAAGCCGCUUAGAUUGUCCACGUCAUAGGGUUUUACACAUUAUGGACAAAUGUUUCACUCAGUGAUUAUGCUAAAGCUUGAUGCUCAAAAAACCUCACUUAAGGUAUCACUAUUAUGCUCCAUUACGCAUACAUAAAAUACCCAAUGUCAGCCACA